AUGCUCAACAUCCCAGACAGUGCCGUCAAGACUGCAUGUGCCGCCACAUGCACAACUGCCAACACCACCCUCCUAGCCUGCGACGACGACAUCUCUUGCCUCUGUAGCAAUGCUACCGUCAACGCUUUCGUUGGCUGCGAGAGCUGUAUGCUCAACUACCUUAUCGCUGUCAACAAGCCCGCACCCGUCCCCCUCGCCGGUUCAAACCCCCUCGUCACCGCCUAUGCCGCACAGUGCAAAAGCGAUGGAAAUAUUAUCCUCGCCGCAAACCAGAGCGCCCUGUCUCUCCCAGACACUUGGGAUGGGCCUUUCGUCGCAGUGCUGCCUACAGGUGGUGCAGCAGUAACAGUCAUUGUAGGAGCCGUGUUGGGUCUCUCUGCGCUCUUGAUCUUGUCAAACCUCGAGUAG